AUGGCGGGUGGAGUUAGAAUAAGUGUGGAGAUGGUGGAGAUGCUUCUGAGGCAGCACCUGCAGGCUCUCUACAGGGACGACCUGGCACUCGCCCACCGUGCCGGACCGCGGGCCUCGGCCCUGCAGCGGCCCAAGUCCCUGGCCGUGCCCGGCCUCACGUCCUCCAGCUUCCUGCACGAGCCGCUGGGCCCGGUCAUGUCCAUCUCCCCCCAGGCCACCUACCUGUCCAAGAUCAUCCCCAACGCUAUUCUGCCUGCCGCCGUCGACGUCAUCCAGAUAGACCGCAGCCGCCGCAACCGGGGCAGCAUGCGCGCCGUCAGCAAGAGCAGCCUGGCUUCGGCCAGCCCGCCGUCGUCGUGUCGCUCGGGCGACGACACCCAGGAGCCGCGCUCGUCCGCCAGCUCUCACGGCAGCCAAUCACAGUCCUCCGAGACUGUCGUGUCCAAAUCCUCCACCGUCUCCUCGAAGGGAGCCACCCCCACCCCAGCGGAGUGCCCGAAGGAGCGUGGAGAUCUAAGCAUGGCCCACACCAGCACUAGGGUGGCCUUGAGCUCCUUCUGCUCUGAGAGUAAGGGCACCAGCUUGAGGGGUCCAGAGUCCAGGGUGACCACUGUAGCCGAAGUGGUGAAGGAUGAUGACGAUGAUGAGGAUGGGGAGAACGUCAGGAACAGCCGGGCAUUCACCCGCAGUCUGUCUGUGAUGAAGACCAAACAGCCACCCGCACCUCCCAGGAGGACGUUUUCCCUGCACCACGAGAAGGUCAAGAGGAGGUCAAGAGAGCUGGUGGAGGGGAAGGACUCGGGCAAUAAAGAGGGGGGUAAGGGGCAGAACAAGCCUACAGAGGGAAACACAUCUGCAGUCAGAGCAGGCAGCUCCGAUCACUCCUCCAGCUCCAGUACCGUGGCUGAAGAUUCCCGAUUAUCCAGCAUCUCCAGCCCCCAGAGUCCACUGGUGGACCAGUGUGAGACAAGCAGCUCAUCCCAACAAAACGCUUCCACGGCAGAGAGUAAGUUUGACAGGACUUUGUCCCCCUCCAGUGGUUACUCCAGCCAAAGUGGCACCCCCACGCUCUCUCAAAAGGAGAUCUGCCCUCCUUCACCGGAGAAGCAAAAGCCCCCAAAGCCAGAGAGGACAUCUCCGUCAGUCUCCAACUCCUCUUCAGUUGCAUGUUUGUCCACAGGAGAGUCGGAUCCUGUGCGGCGAGGAAGCACGCCCAACACCACGCCUCCGCAGACACUCAAAGCCCCGCUUUCGACAGCUCCUCCCCACUCCGCAGUGAACCUCAGGGAUCUCCUCAACAUUCCACCCCCUCCCAAGGUCAAAGCCCCCUCGCCCCCGCCUCCUGAAACCUGGGCACACAACACGCGCACCUUUGAGCUUCUGUGUGGCCCACCUCCAGACACUAGGAGGCUCUUGCAGCUGCAGAAUCAAGUGCAGGGAGUAGUUAACCAGACCCAAAGCCAAGAGCCUCCCUUGCAGCACCACGCUGCUGCUUCUCACCCAAAGACUCCCGCCAGUGGUGGCGAUAAGAAUGUCUCUCAGGUGGAAAACCAGGGAAGUGAAAAGCUGAAAGUGAAGGAAGAGCAAGUGCCUGUUCAGACACUGAACGACCGAACGACUGAAAGUGCGUUUGAGCCCCUGGCUCUGAGUAAUGGCGAUGCUGUGGUGAUGCUCAUGAGACAGCGUCAGGAGAGUCAGGAUAUGGCCGUGCACGUGAAACAGAGGGACAGUCAGGAUGUUCAUCAGAGGGAAGAGGCUUGUCUCCAGGCUGACAAACAGAAAAUCCCAGAGAUGUCAAACACGGGCAAGGGCCCCACAGUACCAAAGAAAGAGCCUCCGCCAGUAAUGAAGAAGAGUGUUAGAAUUAAGCAGGGGCAGAGACCGGAGGAGGCUCUUCAGAGUACACAAGGGCACACCAUCAGCCUGCAAAGUACACAAGGUCACACCAACAGCCUACAGAGUACAGAAGGUCACACCAACACCCUAAAGAGUACACAAGGUCACACUAACACCCUAAAGAGUACACAAGGUCACACCAACACUCUACAGAGUACACAAGGACACACCAGCACCUUACAGAGUACACAAGGACACACCAACAUCGUCUCAGGGGAGGUGCCUGAGGUGUUGUGUCCUUCACCAGAGACACACCUCUCAUUAGCCAAGGACACCACAUCUAUGGUUAAGGCUGUCACAGGGGGAGCUAACACAGAGCGUUUGGCUCCUGUGGAAGAGUGUGUGGAGUCUGCAAAACUCCACAGUUCUUUGGUCCAGGCUGUCACAGGCGACGUUAAUGCAGAGCGUUUGGCUCCUGUAGGAGAGUGUGUGGAGUCUGCCAGACUCAACGGCUUUCUCCCCCCCCCCUCCUAACCACCAUCCACCCCCCCCCCCUCUAAAACAUCACCCCCAGCUUCAUAUUUCUCUCCUCCCCCUAAGGAGGAACAAGAGCCACUUCACACAGAGUCUGUCUGGCCUCCUCCCCCUCCACCCCUGGAGGACCUGCCUGAGUUAGUCUACGAAGGACAGGAGGAGCUAGACUUCCCUCCACCCCCACCCCCUUUCUCACAACAGACCCUCCCAGAACUGGAAGGCUCUCAGAUAGAGGUAAACCAGGAAAAUGAGCUGGAGGACCUUGAGGCAUCUGUAGCUGACAAAUGUGUGGAGCUGCCUUCUGUACAACAAAACGAGGAGCUACAUCCUGAAGAGGAAAUCCUGGGAAACCCAGUGGCAGCACUUCCUACUUUACCUGAGGCUGGAAAACUCAAGCAGACGACUAUGUUAACUGCUGAUCAAGCAGUCACUGAUGUUCAACCAGGUGAGCAUCUCCCUGAAUGCUUUGAGGCCAUGGGGCCAUUGGACUUGGGUAGUGGUACUGCCCCCUCCAAUGAGUUUCCUCAGACGCUUACGGAACAACCAACCCUCACUCCUGAGAACCAGCUCCUGACUCAAGAACUCCCACCCCUGACACAGGAAAUCCCGCCUGCGACACAGGAAAUCCCACCAAUGACACAGGAAAUCCCGCCCGCGACACAGGAAAUUCCACACCUGACACAGGAAAUCCCGCCCGCGACACAGGAAAUCCCGCCUCCGGCACAGGAAACCCUGAUUAUGACUCCAGAAAUCCUGUCCCUGGCUGAAGACCUCCCAUCCCUAAUGCAAGAAAACCUGCUCCUGAAACAGGAAAUCCCAACCCUAAUUCAAGAGCUCCCACCCCUUACACUGGAAUCCCCGACCCUAAUCGAAGACAUCCCGUCUCCCCCACAAGAGGCCCCACCUCCCCCACCAUCCACCAAUGACAGUGAUCCCGCCCCUGAGCCUCACAGGUCUGGCUCCGCAGGUUUGGGUCCUUCGACACUGCUCCUAGCUCACGUGCCUACCUCUUCACCCCCUCAGUCAAGCCAAGCCACUGUGAACUUCAGGAGACAGUCCAGCCAGCUGAGCAGGGAGAGCCGCAGCAAGGAACUGCUCUUACGGAAGAGCGCAUCCAUGCCCAAAGAGGACGCAAACAUCCCUCUGGUCACACCCUCCCUGCUACAGAUGGUCCGCCUCCGUUCCGUGGGAGUGGGUGAGGACCCGGGGAUGGCUCCAUCCCCUGAUCACACCCCAAAGGCUGACAGCACGCAGAGCCAGGACCAAGCUGUACCACAAAAACUCACAAGUUCGGACCAAACAAUACCCCAAAAACCCACAAGCUCAGACCAAGACGUAUCUCAAAAACUCCUGAGUUUAGACCAAGCAGUAUCCCAAAAACCCACAGGCUCAGACCAAGCAGUACCCCAAAAACCCAUCCGCAAAUCCCUGAGUCUGAGAGCUGGCACCCCAGCCGUGAGGACUCCAGGCGGCCCGGCUGCCGCCCCCUCACUUCGCCUGCAGGAGGCCAUUCGGCUGAAGACAGCGGCCAUGACUUCCAGGGACGGCCUCCCAGCCAGGCUAUGUCUGCGUUCCUCCAUGGCCUCCCUACACAGCGGCGACACGUCGUCUCCACCAGGGGGCGACAUGCACAAGUCCCCAGCUUCCACUGCCAGCUUCAUCUUCUCCAAGAGCACAAAGAAGGUUGUCAUAGAGACGACCUCUGCCCCUGAGGCGCUGACGGGCCUGAAGCAGAGCCUGGCUGCUGAGCUGAGGCAGGCGUCUGACGAGGCUAAGCAGGUGGCGGCCAACGGCACCAACAAAAUGGCGAAGCUUCCGCCUCCUGUCGCCAGGAAGCCACCACAGCACAGCACAAAUGCCACCGAGAAGGUCACCGUCACCGCGGCGACCGAGCGGAGCCCCUGGGGAGGCAUGCAGGGUUCCGCAGCGGGGGCUGUGGCAGCCAACGGCGGGACCACGAUGUUGGAAGUUGCCAGUCAGCAAGCACAGGCUACAGAUGAGACAGAUUCAGCAGGAGGAGCAGACAGAACAAACAGCAUUGAGGUCUCGUGAAGAGGGCCGGAGGAUGUCACAGGAGUCAGCAAGGAGGAGUACCUGCGACAACAGCGUUGGAGACACAUAACCAUGGCAACAUGGAGCAUGGUCACUGGGACUGAUAUGUGAUCUCAAACUGCCUUAGCCUCACUACGGCCUUCCUAUUUAUGCAAAAAUGGUCUUAGUCCCAGCCCCCUUUUACCUUAAAUAGCUUUAUUUUAGCCUUUGAAGUAUUUUUCUAAACAACCAUUUUUGUCUGCGUGGUUCAGAGUGUGAACAGCUGACCCAAAAGGAUGGCUGUAUGGCUCUAUAUAGAGGUCUCUGACUGCAAGGUUAGACUGCCCUCUAGUGAUCACCAUGGGUAGCACGCACUGUUCAUUUCACUGUUUGAUUGGUCAGCCACACAUUUGUGUUUGGCCUGUGUAUACCUAUCAUACAUCAUUUUAUUUGAAGCACUCAGAAAUAGAUGCUCUACAUGUGCUCCACUAACUAACUGCUAGCAAUGUUAUAUUUUAUGAUAGAUUUGCGUGCAAAUUGUCUGUUAACCUGUAAAUGCAUUACAUAGACAUUUCAAAACUAAAACUAUAUUUAAUUUGUUUUUUCCUUAUACUUUGUUUGGGAAAUGAUGAAAGUGCUUUUUAAGAAUAAGCUGAUGCAUAUAUUUGAAUAUAAAUGAACUCUUUUGAACUUAUAACAUAAAAGCACUUUUUUUAGCAAUCCAUGCUGCACCCACAGGGUAAUGCCACUGAUGUAGUUCUAAGAGAGGUCCAGUAAGUGCAAAAUAAUUUAGCUACGUCUUAGCAGAAGCUCAAGGCAAUGGAGUUCCCCGUAGUAGGAGUUCCUUACUCAUGCUUAAUUAUUUAUGAACUUAUAUUUAUGUUUUCAUGAGCAUUUUCCCUGAUCACAUAGAUGACCUGUCAAAGCAUCACGUAUUACCAUGGUGAAAUAAACACUUCACGUAAACAUCUCUGAACAUCA